AUGACGGAGGAAUUAAAGCCUCUUCCUCAUCAUAGAAAAGUUGGUCCUUGUUUAACACGCCCUCCUUAUAGAAAUGGCAAGCGUAAUAAAGCUGUGAAGGUCUUUACAAUUGCCGAUGAGUCCAUGUACCUACUUAUUUUUGGGGUUCCAUCCAUUGAUUUAUCGAAUCUCCUUACUGAAAAAAUCCAACAAAUAUCUCCUGUUCAAAGCAUUCGAAAGAUAGACUAUCCAGAUCCUGAGGCCUUCACCGAUACAUACCUUCUAAAAUUCGCUACUAUUAAUUUUGCUCGCAAUGUUAAAAGGCGCCUCGAUGAUACUUCGUUCUAUGGAGGUAUUCUACACAUUGCAUAUGCUCCCGAAUACGAGUCUGUAUCAGAAUGUCGGAACAAAAUGCACACAUAUCGCCAAAUCAACGAUACAAUUGCUAAAAAAGCUGCUAUUGAAAAGCAUCGCGAGAUUACAGAUUAUAAUCGACGUUCCGAAGAGUCCCUCCUAAUUCCCGAUGUUCAGCCGCCAUCCAAAUUCAUCAGUACUCCAUCGUCGUCAUUGGCAACCGGCCUGAAUGUGGAAACAACUGCACUCAGCAAUCCCUACUCAACGCCUCUACCCAUUCCUCUAUCUUCUCAGUCGAAUGCACAGCAGAUUGGCGACGCAAACAAAACUCAACAUUCUCACAGGUAA